UAAUCUUCGAGUGUCAGCUGGAAAUCUGAAUACGUGCGGAUUGUGUGAUUACAUUUUGAGCGUUAGUGUAAACAUUAGGGCUUCAACGCAUGACGCCAAUAUUUGAUGCAACGAACAGUUAAAAUUAGUAUGAAGAUAAACUGAAAAUUUUCAAAGAAACCCUCAAUUUAUUGAACCGCGUAUAAUGACAGCUUUCUAGUUAAAACACUCGCUGGAGUGUGAGUGGUAAAUACCGCAUACGAGCUUCACACACGACCAGUGGAAAGGAAUGCAGACAUCGCAGAGCAACAACAUUCAGCGAAUUAACAACUGAACGGUCGAAGAUCACCCGCGGCAAGAGUUGGUGCGUUCGAGCGACGGGCGAGGGAUGCAAAUUGCGAAGGCAACAACUGCGGAGUGGUGAAAUGAUUUUGACAUCAUUACAAUUUUUCGGUUUUCCUCGCUUCGAGAGGAACUACAUUUUCAUUGAAAGCGUUUAUUGGUUUUGAAGUUUUUAGAUUACCACUCGGCGAAGCAAUGCAUGGCCAUCGGAGAAGAAAGAAGCGACCGAACUACGGUAUUCGGUCGGUAGAGGUCAACCGCGGAUUAAACGGGUUUGGGUUCACGAUUUCCGGCCAGCAACCAUGUAUACUGUCGUGUAUCGUGGCAAACUCUCCGGCGGAUAUAGCAGGAUUGCGAGCGGGCGACUUUUUGAUUUCAGUGAACGGGAUGAAUGUAUCCCGAUUGCCACAUGAAGCAGUUGUGCAGCUGAUUGGGAACACCUAUGGGGCGAUAAAAAUGGCCAUCGCAGAGAACUACUAUUCGGACAGUUCGGAUGAAGACAUUUUAUUCCAAGGAAGUCAGCAGAGGGCGCGGCCAAAGUAUCUUCACCAUAAAACCAAAUGCAAUCGUUCGACGGUGAUGGGAAAACAUACCGAAAUGAGUGGGAAUGUUCCUGCAGCAGAUUUGGUCGGAACCUGCGAGAGUGCGGCGGCUAUUGUUGUAAACGAUUCUCCAACGGCGUAUAAUGUUAUUCAUAGUCCGAAUGCAAGUAGCAGCUGUGAUAUUUCUAAUGUCAGUGCGAUGGUACGACUGAUACAACUUAAUCAGGAUCAAGAUGAAGUGCGAGCAGGUUCGUCACGAAAUCAGCCAGGAUCUGAGAUUUCACUGGAGUAUAAGGCUGUCGUUGGGUAUCUCGGAACUAUAGAGAUGCCAAAACAGAUUGCUACAAGUUCCAAGCUACAAACCGUUAGGAGUUGCAUUAGAAAGAUGCGUCAUGAGAAACGUUGUCCCACAACGGUUUUAAUGACAAUACUUCCGUCCUGUUUGAAUCUCAUAAACACAAGCAAUGCCAUUAUAGCUAAAUAUUCAUCGGUUAGACUUAGUUACGUGAGCAGCAGCAGCGAAAAUGAUAAUCGUUAUUUUGGAUUGGUUACAUCGGCAAUAUACGCUGAUGGUCUAAUGUGCGAAAAUUCGGAUAUCCUAAAUCAACGGAAGGACGUUGUGAUAUCCAACAGUUGUCAUGUUUUUGUGAUUGAUUCAAAGCUAGUUGAUCAUGCGUUUCAUCUCGAGAAGGCCGAUUUGUUUAAAAUAGUGUGCACAAAGGAUCCAAUCACUAACCUUUGCUUAGAAUUUCCUAGCAGCUCGGAGUACGUUGUCAGUCUAAUUCGCAGCAUGUAUAAUCUGAAAGCACCCGUGAAGCCGGAAGGAGCCCCAUGCAGUAGGCCUCCUGUUGCUAGAAGCCUUAAUCUAGAUCAACCAGUUCGUCCCUAUCCGCGAGCUCUAAAUGAUGCAAGGAUGAAUGGUAGGGCUGUGGAAGAUCCUCACGACUUGCUGGCGUCAAAUUCUCCACAGCCGAGCAACCACAGCGAAAUCACUACAACGUCCAGUAAUUCUGAUUCAGGCAUAGGUUUCCACAACGACUGUCGAAACAUAUCGGACCGGAUUCUCGUUGUUGAUUUUCCGGGUAUCCCAAAUCACCAGCAGAUAGGUAAUGUGCGAGCACACUUUCGCAAGUCACAUCCAUUCGGUCCACCCGUGCGUCCAGUUGGAAUUAUCAACGAACUACCUCCGAAAUUAGAUCCAAUCCGUAAUAUUCGAUGUACAGGUCGAUCGGAACCUAGUCUUCAAAUUUAUCACGGUAAAUCAAAAUCCGCUGACUACAAUUAUCCAAUGGCCUGUGGCAUAGACCGACUCACCGUUCGAGCCCGCCCAGAUCCAAAAUCCUUUAUUUCGGACCGUUCCCCUAGUAAGGACAACGCUCUGAACAACCUCAGCCAGCAAUCCCCUGUAAAGUACGAGCAGAUUUACCCAAAUCUACCAAGUCAACUGGAUAGUUGGACCGCUGGCAAAACAGUGGAUGAGCUAGGUAAUGUUGUUCAGGAACGUCCGAUCGAUGUCCCUAAACUGGAAGAGGUUUUCCAUGAUCUCGAACGCUAUAACAGUGAUAACGUGAAAAACAGUCUACUGGCUGCUCGAUCCUGUGACGAUAUGAUCCUGUCGUUCGACAAAGAAAUCUUCGAACCGAAAGUUCAACUAUCCGCCGAUGAUCUGACACUGAUGGCAAAGAAAGAAAUGGACCCCGUCGGAGACGAACACGUGUUCCUACAACCGGCGAAACCGAUCAAACGUUCGAAGAAAGCCUGUUCACAUAAAAGUAAGCAGAGUGGCCCACCGGAUGACGCUUCCAUUGGAUCUUCAUCAAACCGUUCGUCGCAGCACAGCGGUACCGGCGGUGGAGAUAAACUGAUGUCGUACAAACUUAGCCCUAAGGUGUUCGGUUUAGCUCGGCCAAUGUCGAUGAGUUUUGAAAACGUAUCCAGCGUCGGCACCACCGGUGUUGAAGUAGAUAAAGUGCGCAAAAACGAGAAGGAGGAACACAACGGUGAACGAAGAAGUCGGCCGUCGAAGAGGCUUAGUGGUGGGUUCUCUGCUAUUUGGGGUAGUUUGCAGGAACUGAGAUCGGGUCUGAAGCAUGAAGAUAGUGCAAUGAACAUGGAACGGAGUGAUAAAGUGACUAGAAAACAGCAGGAACGUCGACUGAUUCUGGAAGGGGCCUACAGUGAACCGGAUCUACGCUAUGAUGAGAUUGUCGCGGCAUUAAAUCCGUAG